AUACAGUGAAGAUUUAGAGCGCAAAAUUUGUACAACGCGCCAUAUUUUCCAGAAUGUUUUUAUGAUUUAGAUAAAACGGAUAGAUUUGUAGCUUUCAGAAAUUGAUAACUAUGGAGAUCAAUGCAAAUAUAAAUUAAUUCUUUUAAAGAUUGAAGUUUUAAACCGUCUUUUAGAAUGCUAAGAAAUGCAAACUCUCUAAACGGCUCUGAGAAAUGUCUCUUUCAAACAAAUCUCGAUGGACAAACUGUUAAAGGACCAUGGUUAAAGGAGGAAGAUGAAAAAGUUAUUGACUUGGUUAAGAAAUACGGUCCCAAAAGAUGGACGCUGAUUUCACGCCACAUUAAAGGAAGAACGGGGAAGCAAUGUAGAGAAAGAUGGCACAAUCAUCUCAAUCCCGAUAUAUCCAAGGGGCCAUGGACGGAAGAGGAGGAUAAACUCAUCUAUGAACUUCAUAGCAAGCUUGGAAACAAGUGGGCGGAAAUAGCUAAGCAUUUGCCCGGCAGAACCGAUAAUGCUGUGAAAAAUCAUUGGAAUUCUUCAAUGAGAAGAAAAUUUGAAGCAGAUCAAUUGGUAAAACCCAAUACCUCUCAUCAUUUUAUGUCAACGACGAAGACAAGCUUAACUCUGAAUACAACACCUAUUAUGACAAACCCUCUUAACGCACUUAGUAUCUUCACACCUAUAGAAGUUGAUUGCUCCGAAGGAGGAAACGAAAAUUCUCCGGAUCGGGAAAAGAAAUAUUUAAGUCCACCGAAGACACCUACUCCUAUUAAAGUGGCUUUGGCUCAGGCUAAUAGUUUAGAUGAAAACUCUACGGCCAACAUUUUCACAUCAACUCCUUUAGUUUCUGACUCGAAUAUGUUCGUUUUUACUCCAGAUACAAACGCCUUUCAGAGUUUAGACAACAUAAAGACUCCAACAAAAGCUCGAAAAGCUCUACUUCAAAAUACUGUUACACCUCAAACACCAACUCCUAUUAAGUUAGCUUUAGCUCGAGUUAGAAGCGAAUGUAAUUCGUCUAGUAUGCUGGAAGAAAUACAGCUGUUGAUAUCGGAUGAUGAGAUUUUUGAAAAUAAGGAAAAUGAACAGCAGUUUAAUUCUUCCGUUCUAGAUACACCUCCAAUGGCUAAAAGAAGUGUUGAAUAUAAUCCAGAGACCCCGAGUAAAUCGGUGACUCUAGAUAAAAGCUUUAUGUUCUCGCCAUCGAUCAUUGACGAUGUCGCCCAGCCUAAUGAUGCCUUCUUAGCACCACCACCACCACCACCUCCACCUCAUCCCCAUCCUCCGUCAAAACCGUUAGAUAUAUUACCGGAGCAAAUAAUUUCAUCUGAUUGUAUCAAUCAGGAAUCUGAGGAAGAGGAAGCGGCUUGGAGAUCCAAGCUGGAAUUAGUUAGGCGUCUACGUCGCUAUCCCUUACCCAAAGGAGAUAGAUGGUGUAGAUCCAUGUGCCAGUUGAUUGAUUGUGAGAAUCUAGUCAGCUAUUGCGACAAUUUAUUCAGCAAGCUUGUCGCCGACUCGUCUUAG